AUGAACCGGAGGAAAGCUCUUUCAACGGUCAAACUUUGCACAUUAGAGUUUGCUAUAUACACGUAUCAACGUUUACUACUUCCACAAUCUUGUCGUCAAUAUGAAUCCGAAGCCGGGAUCAAAAGAAAAAGAGAUACCAAGACUAAGAAACUUGAUAGCAGCAGACCCAAUGCGGUUGCGCUGACACUAGCAAAUCCGAUCAUCUCAGGGAAGAUCGAGUCCGGCGAAAACUGUUUCUUCUCGCCGUUGUCCCUCCAGAUUGUGCUCGCCACCACCGUAGCCGGGUCCAAUGGCAAAAACAGAGACGAGUUACUCUCUUUCCUUAAGUUUGACACCGUUGAUCAACUCCAUUCUUUCUUCUCCAAAUGCGCCGAUUCUGUAUUAGCUGAUGGUAGCCCAUUGGACGGCGUUAAUUUGCGAUCUGCUAACGCGGUCUGGAUUGAUCAGUCUCUGUCUUUUGCAUCCCAUUUCAAAGACGUCCUCACUAAUGUUUAUAAGUCUCAUGCCAAUCAAGCUGAUUUCCGAGACAAGAAAACGCGGCGAGGCGAGGCGAUCAAGGAAGUGAAUGCGUGGGCUAAAGAAGAAACAAAAGGUUUGGUUAAAGAUUUUCUUAAGCCUAAGGACAUCGAUGAGUAUACGAGGCUGAUUUUCUUAAAUGCCAUAUACUUCAAAGGAGCUUGGGAAAGGAAGUUUAGUCCAUCAUUGACAAAGAAACACAAGUUUUACCUCUUGGAUGGAAGCACGGUUGAAGCCCCCUUCAUGACUAGUACGGAGAGGAAAUAUAUAAGCGCUUAUAGAGGUUUCAAAGUGUUGCGCCUUCCUUACCGACAAGGCAAGGAUGUGGACCGGAAUUUCUCCAUGUAUUGGUACCUUCCUACUGCCAAAGACGGGUUGCCUGGUUUGGUGGAAAAGAUGUCGUUCGACUUUGAAGCUAUAGGCAUUCUAAAAGAUUUGGGAUUGGUCCGGCCUUUUGUCCACGGCGGGUUCAAAGACAUGGUUGAUCCUCCCGGUGGCGAUGGACUACGCAUUCCGAGUAUUUUUCAGAAAUGUUUUAUUGAGGUUAACGAAAAAGGUACAGAAGCUGCGGCCGUGACUCGUUUUGUUGCUCUUUCAGUGCGCAAGACAAGUUACAAAACCAUUAAGUUUUGUUGCUGA